UUAGCAAUAACCAAUGAGAAGAAAGAUAAUGACAAGAGGCUUUAUGAGUGUACUGUCAUCAGACUUCUACCAUUAUUUCAUGAUAAAAAUUCCUACAGGACAGAUAAAUUGUUUUACCUUUAGGUAAUUAAACGGUUUUGAAGAUGUCGCUGACAGCAGUAACCAAUAAACAAGUUCUAGAGAAAUAUUUAGACUUAGAACAAGAUGGCCGUGUUAUGGCUGAGUAUUUGUGGAUAGAUGGAACUGGGGAGGGAAUCAGAAGUAAAUGUAGAACUUUACCAUGUGAACCAAAAGAUCCAUCAGAAUGUCCCAUUUGGAAUUUUGAUGGAUCCAGUACAUACCAGGCAGAAGGAUCAAACUCAGACAUGUACCUCUACCCUUGCGCCAUAUUUAAAGAUCCCUUCAGACGAGGCAACAAUAGAUUAGUUUUAUGUGAUGUCUAUAAAUACAAUAAAAAACCUGCAGAUACUAAUCAACGUUUCUCAUGUAAACAAGUCAUGGAGAAAGCGAAAGAUGAGAAACCCUGGUUUGGUAUUGAACAAGAAUAUACCAUAUUAGAUUGUGAUGGACAUCCUUUUGGUUGGCCUAAAAAUGGUUUCCCUGGACCACAAGGACCUUAUUAUUGUGGUGUUGGGGCUAAUCGUGUUUAUGGUAGAGAUAUUGUAGAAGCUCAUUAUAAAGCUUGUUUAUACGCUGGUGUAGAUAUCUGUGGUUGUAAUGCUGAAGUUAUGCCUGCACAGUGGGAAUUUCAAGUUGGUCCAUCUGAAGGUAUCAAUAUGGGAGAUCAUCUAUGGGUAGCUCGAUACAUCUUACACAGGGUAGCAGAAGAUUUCGGUGUUAUCGUGACCCUUGACCCCAAACCUAUGGAGGGAGACUGGAACGGAGCUGGUGCCCACACUAAUUACAGUACCAAAAGUAUGAGAGAGAAGGAUGGUAUUAAAGCUAUUGAGGAUGCCAUUGAGAGACUUUCUCAUCAUCAUGUCCGACACAUAAAAGCUUACGAUCCACGAGAAGGAAAAGACAAUGAAAGACGUUUAACUGGACUUCAUGAAACUUCUUCUAUCCACGAUUUCUCAGCAGGAGUAGCCAAUCGUGGAGCUAGUAUCAGAAUUCCCCGACAGGUAGCAGAAGAUGGUUAUGGUUACCUUGAAGACAGACGUCCAUCUUCUAACUGCGAUCCGUAUGCUGUUACAGAAGUCAUCGUCAGGACAACAGUUUUGAAUGAAUAAAAGUAACAAUUAUUAGUUGAAAAAAACAA